AUGAGCUCUUACAUAGGGUCGGCUAUUUCAACCAUACGAUUCGUCAAAGACUACGCAUUCAAUCUUGGUGCUUAUCUUUUGGCCAGUAGAGGUCACAAAUCUAUGCCAACUCUUACUCCAAUUGAUUCCAUUUCGGCUCUCAGUCCGCUAGUCAUCCGUAUUCUUGGACAAAACCCUGGCCCGUUCACUUUGCAAGGCACAAAUACUUACCUAAUCGGAAAUGGAAAAAAAAGAAUUCUAGUCGACACUGGCGAACCUAAUAUUUCUAAGUAUAUCUCUGAACUAAAGUCAGCUCUUGGGGAAAAUGAAAUUGACUCAAUUAUAGUAACUCAUUGGCACAACGAUCACGUCGGUGGACUUCCUUCCGUUAUCGAGAAUGUCGUUGGGAAAAAAGUCGUGCCUGUUUACAAGUUCAGAAAAAUUGGAGGAGAAGAGGAUCCUGAGCAUUUCACAUAUGUCGAAGAUGGACAAGAAGUUAAAGUAGAUGGAGCUACUGUUCGAUUCGUCCACACUCCUGGACAUACAAUUGAUCAUGCUGCAUUGUAUCUCUUGGAAGAAAAUGCUUUGUUCAGUGCUGAUUGCAUCCUGGGAGAAGGAACGACAGUCUUUGAAGACCUGCAUGAUUAUAUGUGCAGUUUGGAUAAGAUUAAAAGUUUCAAAGCUUCUCGGAUUUACCCUGGACAUGGCCCUGUCAUCGAGAAGACUGAAGAGAAAGUUGAUGAGUACAUUGGACACAGAGUUAAACGAGAAAAUGAAAUUCUCAACGUUCUGACUGAACAAAAACAAAUGACAAGUAUGGACAUUACAAACACAGUUUAUCAGGCAUCCCCUUGGUCAGUCCGUCUUGCCGCACUUAAUAACGUAAAGCUCGUUCUUAAUAAGUUAAUCAAAGACGAGAAAGUACAGAAAACAGGCUUCGAAAUGUAUAGAAUUGUAGAAUAA